ACCUUCUCAUGCUCACCUCAUACGAGCUAGUACUCUGCCCAUCACUGCCGGAUUCAUUAGCUACCUUAAAUUUCGUCUUUCCUUGUCCUGCCCAGCAAAAAACAAUGGCUACAGCAUCUACAUCCCCAGCUCCCACCGCAGCCGCUGACGCGGCCGCCAAUCAACAAGCCAAGAUCAAGUUCUUCACAAACCAUGGAUGCGGCUGGUCUCACCGUGUCCAUAUUGUCCUGAAGGAGCUCGGACUGGAGUAUGAGGAAGUCAUCAUCAACAUGGAUGAACCAAGGCCGCAAUGGUUCCUGGAGCUGAACCCGCGUGGCCUUGUUCCAGUCCUCCAGUAUACACCUUACCCUUCCUCUCCCGACUCCUCCACCGAUACACUCACACUCACCGAGUCCGCUCAAAUUGUCUCCUUCUUUACGGACCUCUAUCCUUCCCACCUUAUUCCCACGAUCCCCGCCUUGGCUUCGGGCUCGAUCCAAUCUGCCGGUGCGGGCCAGGUUGAAGCAGCAUAUGUCCGCUACAGAAUGUCCUUCUUCGUCGACACCUACUUCACCAAGAUCAAUCCUCUCAUGUUCAAACUCGUGGGCGCAGAUAACGGAGAGCCACAGGAUCGGAUCGUGCAAGAGAUCUGGCGACUUUUGGAGAGAGAUAUCGAGCCAUUACUUUCCGAAGUGAACGAGAACGGGAGGGGUCCUUAUUUCGGAGGAAGCGAAAAGUUGACCGUUGUCGAGGCCAUGACAAUCCCUUUCGUCCUCCGCUUGGUCGAUUUCUCCAACGACAUCAUAUUUCCCGCUCGUCUCGCGAAGGAAAUCCUGGACACUGACAAGGCCACGGGCAAGCUGCCGCGAUUCGCAAAGUGGGCGAAACUGUGCAUGCAGCAUCCGAGUGUCACGUAUACCUGGGACAAGGAGUAUAUGGUUCCCAGGAUUGUAGAGCGGUUGCCGGCUGCCAAAAGGAAGUAUGCGCCAGCGAGGGACUAGACAACGGGGAUGGUGAAUCGUACGAGUACGAAAUAAGCGGACAAGGGAACUAUGGAACUAUGAUGGAAGCGCAGGGAGCUGUAGGAUGGGCCUGGACUGUUUGGAUAGACGUGAGUCAGGGCAUCUAAGCAAGAACAGGUGCUCGACCCGGAAUAACAUCAAGAGGUACAGACGGAUCAUUGAGGAGCUGCUGGUGUCUUGGUACCUGC